CUUGCUUUGCCCAGCUUCGGAGCACAAAGGCAGGUGGUGGGGAAGCGCCGGAGAUGCAAAGGGGAUCCUGCCUGCUCUGGAUGGGUCCUGGCGCCGAUCCCUCAGAGUACCGAAUGACGUCCUCAGUUGAACCUGGAUCCCCCCCUUUUUCCAAAGGGAGAGGAGAAAACACUCUGGUGGAGUCAGCUGAGGGCCCGUUGACCUUUGAAGACGUGGCCGUAUAUUUCACGGAAGGGCAGGCGGCUCUGCUGAACCCGGUCCAAAGGGCCUUGUACCGGGAGGUCAUGCUGGAGAAUUAUGGGAAUGUGUCCUCGCUGGAAGGAUCGCCAGUCCUCAAGCCAGACCUCAUCUCCCGGCUAGAGCAAGGGGAAGACAUGUGGGUGCCCGAUUCUCAGGGGAUGGAUGAAACCAUGAUCUCCAACACACACGCAGGCGAGCAAAAGGCAUUACAGUGGAGCGACGUCAUAAGCACAUUUAAUGUACACGAAUUCAACUCCACGUACCUGUCGAAACAAGGCGUGGGCGACUGUCAAAGCCAAGUGUGGCCGGUUCCACCCAGUGAGCCGCCUUGGGGUGAGCGCGAGUGUGAUUUCCUUGCCGAGCACACCGUAUUUCAAGGAGAGCAUUCGUCAUACCCCAUGACCCCUAAACACAAGCUAGCUGCCUGCAGGUCACCCGGAGGGCAGCGCAAGAAGCAGCGAUCUGUUCCAACGCUGGAGGAGAAAGUGGCCGUGUUGGAUUUAUUGAGGACCGGCAUGUCCGUUUCCAAAGUGGCCCGCGUAUACGGCCGCAAUGAAUCCAGCAUCCGUGCCAUUAAGGUUCGAGAGAGAGAAAUCCGUCAAGCCGUGGCCUCGGGUGCUCCCAUAACGGCUAAGGUGACGAGCCAAGUUCGCGAUCAGACUUUGGUGAAGGCGGAAAAGGCGUUGUACUUGUGGCUGGAAGACAUGAACGGCCAAGGCGUUCCCGCCGACGGCAACAUGAUCCGAGAAAAAGCUCUUGACCUGUACGCGCUGUUCAAGCCUCUUACCGAAGAGGGGCGGCCUUGUGACGAGAAGGAGUUCAAAGCCAGCCAAGGUUGGCUCAACAGCUUUAGGAACCGCUUCAACCUGAAAAACGGGCACAGCCCCGGCGAGGCUGCUCCCACCAAUAAACAAGCAGCGAAACCCUACUCCAAACAGUUAAAGAAACUGAUAGAAGAAAAGGGGUAUCUCCCCGAACAAGUUUUCAGCGCCGGCGAGACGGGGCUCUUCUGGAAGAAAAUGCCCAGCCGCACGUACAUUUCGAAAGCAGAAAGGCAGGCGGUCCAAGACCAUGUGAUGUUGUUGUUUUGUUGCAACGCGGCCGGGCAUUUAAUAAAGCCCGGCUUGCUCUGUGGGUCUGCGAAUCCUCGUGCCCUAAAAGGCAAGGACAAACACCUCCUGCCUGUGUUCUGGCAAUCGAGCAAAAAGGCUUGGGUGACGGCAGUGAUAUUCCUGGAUUGGUUCCACCGAUGCUUCGUUCCGGAGGUCAAGCGGUACCUCGAAGAGAAAGGAAUCGAAUUUAAGGUGUUGCUGAUUGUCGAUGAUGCUCCCGGCCACCCCGAGGGAGUCCGGUUUGCGCAUAGCGACGUCGAAGUUGUCUUUCUGCCCCAUAGCGCCGCCUCCGUCAUCCAGCCUCUGGACCAAGGCGUAGUUCGCUGCUUCAAGGCGAAGUACAUGAGUCUUAUGUUCUUGAGGGUCUGCAACGCUAUGGACGCUGAUCCCAGCCUCAGCGCAGCCGAGCGUUGGAAGUCCUUCAACAUCGCCGACUGCAUCACUUACAUCAAACAAGCCACGGAUGCGAUCGAGCCUGAAACGGUCAACGCGUGUUGGCGAAACCUGUGGAAAAAAUGUGUGACUGAUUUCAGGGGCUUCCCAACCAUUCACCACGAAGUGGAACGUAUCGUUCGGGUGGCCAGGCAAUUGGGCGGCGAUGGCUUCAGCGACAUCCUCGAGGAAGAAAUAGAAGAAUUAAUCGAGGGCCAUAGAGGAACGCCGGCUAGCGAAGAGCCGGAGGAUCUGAUAAAAUCGGAAGAGGAAGAUGACGACGAACAGGAAGAGCCGGCAAGUUGGAACCUUCCCAAAUUUGCCGAGGUGUUUCAAGCGGCAAAGCACUUGAACGAUUUGAUUUCGGAAUAUGAUCCCUCCAUGGAGCAGAGCCUCAAAAUCACACGUGGCAUCGCGGAAGCCUUGAGGCCGUACCGAGAAAUGUUUGAGGAGCUCAAGAGGCAGCAGCGGCAGUUGCCGGUCGCCAUUUUGUUCUCAAAAAAACAACCGGCAGCGGAUGAACCCUUGCAACCGACUCCUCGAGCGGACACAGAGACAGCUGCCUUGUGUGCGACUCACUCUCCAUCAUGCAAGCCUGGACCGUUCUCUGCCGGAUCGGGAUCAAACCCUCGUGACCCGGCAGCAGUGAUAUCGGGAGAAGAGAAAGACCAAUUGCCUGAGUGUGUGCAGCAGCCCUCUUCAUUGUGUCAUCCUCGUCAUAUGCAGGCGACUCGGAGAAGAGGCAUUCAUGCCCGGAGUGCAGCCGGCAUUUUGCUCGGAAAUCAUCUCUUGCCAGACAUCAGAGAAUCCACGUAGGAGAGAAACCCUACAACUGCUUGGAGAGUGGGAAGGGUUUCCCCCGGGAGGCAGAACUCGGGAGCCAUCGGAGAGCCCACCCGGAAGAGAAACCGUAUAGGUGCCGGGAGUGUGGGAAACGUUUUGUUUA